UGGCGUCGAAACUUACUUCGCAUUUUCUUGCAUUUAUUUUAUAGUUCAGUGAUUUGUGGCUCCAUCAUAUAGCUUUUACAGUGCAGAGUAUAAACGUUAAAAUCCACCGCGAACCCUUAUCGAAAACCGCAAAAAUAGGCUCGUUGAUCGUUCGAAACGAAGGCUAAAUCAGCCAACAUUAUCACAGUGCGAAAUAUCAAGAAACGUGUAACUUUUGUGAGGGGCGGUGCAUACUAUAACCUAAAUCCGUUCGGCGUGUGAAUUACGUACAAACAUCGUUUUCAUUUGGUAGCAACCUUAUGCAUGUCAAAACCCCUCUAAUGUCACGGUUGAAUUGGGAUAGCGUAUAAGUUUAUCCAAGAAGCCUUUCGUCAACAACGCCGUCAUCAGAAUCAGAACCAACUUUGAGUGCAAGACAGGUGAGAGAGUAUCAUCAAGUGCAAACUGAAUUAACAAGCGCAGUCAUGAGUCCACUCAACAAAGGACCUAUGAUGGCUCCCGGUAAUCCAGCUGCCUUGAGAGGUCCUCCGAUGCCGAGGUACGGACGAGUGCCGCCGCCGUUGCCUCCACCACCGAGAAUGGGUAGACCCAUGCCACCCCCUCCAAUAUUUGGACAUCCAAGGGGUAGGCCUCUUCCAACCGGACUACCAAGGCCUGGACCUAUGAUGGGCAGACCCAAUGGACCUCCAGGACUUCCACCAAUGUUUGGACCUAGAGGUAGGCCCAUGCCACCUAUGCCUCCCAUGCCUCCUAUGGGACCUAUGAGAGGACCUAUGGGACCUCGUGUAUUACCCAUGAUGAGACCUGGCCCACGAGGUAUACUUCCUCCACAUGUUUUACCACAUACAAGGCCCAGAUUUCCUCCUAAUCAUACUAAUGGCAAGAAGAUGAACAACAAUAAAAAUAAUAAACUUAAGGAACUAGAAUUGAAAAAGCCAUGGAUGACAGAGGAGAUUCGCACUGAAAUUCAGAAGAAGAACAAGCUAUAUGCUAAAGCUAAGAAGAAUAAGGAUACCAAUGAAUGGAAGGAGUUCAAACACUUUAGGAACAAAGUAAUUCGUAUGAUCAGAAAUGCUGAGAAUGAGUAUUAUGCAAAGAAUCCUGACCAGGCACAUCUCUAUCAAGAUGACGAAGUCGUUGAGUCCGACAACAGCAACGAGUCAUGUUUCGUCGAUUCCGAGGAUGAUGAGGAAGUAUCUUUAUAUUGUGAAAUUUGUGAUCGAGAAUUCUGCACGGUAGAACAACUUCAGCAACAUGUCAAUGAGCAUCAGACUUGCAAAAUUGAUGGAUGCACCUUCACCGCUCACCCUAAAAUCGUGGAAAAACAUAUCAGCAUGCAGCACUGUACGGGACUCUAUCAGAGGAUGAAGAGCGUAAUGAGCGAUGGUGAUAUUGAAAAGUGGAAAGCUGAGAGAAAAAGGCGAUAUCCCACAGCUGCCAACACAAAAUUACAAGAAGCAGAACAGUUAGAGAAAAAGCAACGAGGCGAAGUUGUAGAAAGUCAAGCUAAUAAACUGACCCGACCACAGGCAAAAAAAGAAAGACGCAAAAACCGCAAAAGACCCAAACAGUUUAAAAUUAUUGUCCCAGAUGACGAACCUGUGAGAGAACUCUAUAGAGGUUUAAUACCUUUUGCUGGAACACAAACGUUAGAUGUUGAAAACGGUAAUCGCAACAACUUCGUAGAUCAAGAAACAUUUGAAAAACAUGAAGUAGAAGAAGCCAUAGAAAAUUUCGUGGUUUCCGACGAAGAUGAAAAAAUUGACGAGCUACCAGCAACCAGUGAACCAUUAAAUAAUCUAUCAACAAUAGAUGUUGCAGUGGUGCCUGCAGUUUCACGGUUGAUGAGUUUAGUAGCUGAUUACGGCAGUGAUUCCAAUAAUGACGAACCACCAGAAGAAGUUCCUAUUAAAAGAAUGAAAGUAGAAGAGGAAGAUUUGCAAACCAAAUCAAAUGAAGUCAUCAAUAAUAUUCAAUCUAAAGUGCCUACCAAAGAAAAUGCUUCUACUAUCAAAUCGGCAGAUGUAAGAUUGACGUCAUCGGAAGAAAGUACAAAGCAACGCGAUAAAAGAUUUCAAAAAUCGAAAGAUUUCGAGAGGAAAUCAAAUAGCUUUAAUAGAAAACGAAAUGAUUCGCAGUACAGUAAUGGUAGAUUAAGAUUACUGAAUAAAUUACUUUCACGUUCGAUUCAACACGAAAGAAACGCGAUAUUCCAGUGCAUAACUUUUAUUGAAAAGAAUAGCUUUUUCGACUAGGAUGUAAUAUUAAACUUUAUAUUUAAAAACCGUGUUAUUAAUUUUUUGUUAACCUUAUUUCAUAGUAUUUUUAAAGUUUAAUGAAGUACUGUGUGCUGUGAUUGAAAUACGCUUAAAGAUAUAUUUUUUAUAAGAGACUUACAAAUUAUUACGUUUUUCCAUAUGUGAACAAUAUGGUAAAGUUACGUUUGUACUUUUAUAAUGUUUUUGGAAGAAUAAACC